ACAGACCUCAUCUUCUAUGCUGAGUGGGGCUUUCUGGAUUGCGUUGUUGACUUGAUCAAGCGUGGCGCGAGCACCGGCGCAAGAGACGAGUUUGGCGAAACGCCUUUGCACUAUGCGGCUGAGAAUGGCCACUAUGAAAUUGUCAAAGAGCUGGUGCGGGCGGGCGCAGACAUGAAUGUAUAUGACACAAAGGGCAGGGCACCGAUACAUUGCGCUGUGCACCGAAAGCGCAGACAG